AUGGUUCUGAUCUCACCCCACGCCAUGCAAGCCACUCGGGCGUCCACCACAGUCAGUGUGUUCGCGGACUGCAGCGUGCCGGCCGGGCUCCGGAUAGGACCGGUGCCGGGCAUCUUCAAGCUCGGGAAGUACGUGUCGGACCGUAAGGAAGUUGGACCCAAAAAGAAGAUCCGCUUGGUGCGAGGGGAGUUCGUGGACGAGUCGGGCUGUCCCGUGCCAGACUGGAUCGGAUUCAUCCGCGCUGCCAGGAACAGCCAGGAGCAGAACCUGGAGGCUGUGUCGGACUUACCUGGCGGACAGAUUUUCUACCGCGUGUUGAGAGAAAUCCCGGCAGGAGAGGAGCUCAGCGUUUGGUACUCCAACGCUCUGGCCCAGUGGUACGACAUCCCGACCACGGCCACUCCCACGCACGACGAGAAAGGUGAGGAGAGGUACAUCUGCUGGUACUGCUGGAGAAUAUUCAAAUACCCGAACACACUCAAGGCCCACGUUCACUUCCACUGCGCCCUGAGCAACGGGCGGGGGUUUGUGAGCAGCGAGCAGGCCAGAGGCACGGAGACCUUCAGCAGGUCACCAAAGUCUGGAGACAUCCCCAACACCUCCACCUCUCCGAGGAGCGGCCACAGUACCUCCUCCAUCUCAGACUCUGGCAGGCGGGCCGUGACCUCCUCGCCGUUUCUCAACAAAGCGGGACUGUCGAAGAAAAGUAGCUCAGAGGAGCAGGACAGGGCCCUCGACAUGAGCGUUACCUCGGCCAGAAACCAAGGACACAUCCUCAGCCUGGGCGCCACAUCCUCAGUGCUGAGCAGCAUGGGCUUCCACCCUGGCGUGCGCUCUGCCUUCAAACCGACCGGCAUCUCCAAAGUGCCGGGCGCGGACGCCCCCAGAGAGGACGCCAGCGCGAAGCUGGGCGGCCUGGGGUUCAGCAAGCUGAUCGGAAACAUGAAGCCAAUCCGUAACGUGGGUGAGACUCUAAACGGGGGAGGGAGCCACCCUCCCAAGUGCGCACCUGCAAUCGUGGACUCCUCAUCUCCAAUGGUGCCGUGCACAAACGCCAUCAGAGGCUUCCCGCUGCUGCCUCACGUGGAGGAGACGUCAGCGUUUAAGCACGUGGAGAGUCGGAUGCACUCCGGCCUGUCUCCGUCCCGGUACCCCCAGAUGCCCCCUGGACUCCAUUUCGAGAGGUUCUCUCUCCCUCACUUCGACGGUGUCAAGACUUACGGCGGAGACUGUAACAUACCGCUCAUGCCCUUCACCGUCUAUAACGGGGAGCUCCUGUACAGCUCACCUUACUAUCCUCUGAAAUUCCACUUCAGCAACCUCCUCAAGUACCCAGAGUCCAUGUCCUACUUUGGCGCCCCCCCUAUAAGCCAGGACCUGGGCUCCAUCACCAACAUCGACCGGGAGAUCGCCAUGCACACUCAGCAGCUGUCUGAAAUCGCCGCGGAGAAGAACCGGACGAGGCUGGACUCGAUGCCCGCCGGGAGCGCCAGCACGCCCGGCUCCGGCAAACCCAAAAAGGGACACCUGUGUCUGUACUGCGGCAAGCUGUACUCGAGGAAAUACGGCCUGAAAAUCCACAUGAGGACUCACACAGGCUACAAGCCGCUCAAGUGCAAAGUGUGCUUCAGGCCGUUCGGAGACCCCAGCAACCUGAACAAGCACAUCCGGCUGCACGCGGAGGGGAACACGCCCUACAGGUGCGACUUCUGCGGCAAGGUGCUGGUGCGGAGGCGGGACCUGGAGCGGCACGUCAAGUCCAGACACCCCGGGCAGAGCAUCAAGAAGCUGGACGACAAGCCGGGCGGCCUGUUCGAGGACGCGGAGCACAAGAGCGACAAUGACAGUGACGUGGACGUGUGCUUCACCGACGACCAGAGCGACCAAGAGUCGAGCAAAAACAAUGACUGAGGCGUUCUCACGUCCACACAGAGAGACACACACUGCUCGUUGACUCUUGAUCUGUACACAGUCCUGACUUUUUACAUUUACAGAUGUUUCCAAACGAAAUAAUUCGCAGACAAAAUGUGGGACUUGUGUUUUUUCUUUUUUUUAACCCCCCCCGCUGUUCCGUUGUAGCAUAUUCAAUUGAAAAGAAUAAAUCCAGCUGUCCGGGCAGGUCGGUGGAAGAUCCUCUGGGUAUUUGGUUAAAACAGAGUCUGUCAGGGCUGUCGGCGACAUGUUCUUUUUUUUUUUUUUCUGAAUUACAAAUCCAUUAUUUGAAAUCUUUUUUCUGACACAAGUGGAGACGUGUCUUUACGUGCUGCAUUUCAGAGUAAUUACACUUCAACAAAGCAAUCGAAGCAACUGCACAGAAAACAGGAACACUCAUCCAACAUCACUGACACUCCUGCUUUAAGAGGGAAAAGCCUUCAAGGCUGAAUAUGAGACUAAAUGAUUUAUGAAGGUGAAGUUACAAAUACGUUUUUCUCUUUUUUUCCCUUCCUUUUUUAGCGGUGUAAAAAGGUAACAGAACUUUGUUUUGUAACGUCUCCCCCUGAAAAAAAAGCAUAUAUGGGUUUGCAAAAGCAAACAAACUAAAGGCCUAAUCCAAAAAAACAAAAAAACAAAAAACAAAACAAAAAAGCAAAAAACAAAAAAAGGAGCACUACAUUCCUUCAGACUGGAUGGGGGCGCAUUGUGUGUGAUUAUGAGCUGCAAAGAGAACACGAUUCUCUUUUAUUUCAUUUCAUUUUAUUGUGUAUAAAAGGGGCAACAGAUUCGCAACAACUCCAUAUUCCCUCCUAAACUGUCAGUUGCACUUUAAAGACAGCAAUGGGCAUCUCACUUCAACACAACACGGACGCGUCACGAUGAUUAGGAUCCAACUUGUUCCCAUUAAAACAAAAAAAAA